CAGUGGCGCGUGGUGUUAAAAACAGAAGAGCAAGGAAGCAAAAAGCGUAGCCAAGAGUGUAAUAAUAAUAUCCUCCUUGUUUUGUCUCUGUUUUUCUCCUCCAUUAACGUUUCAACAAUCCAACAUCUCCUCUCUCACUCUUUUACUUUCUUUAUACGGAGGAAAAAGCUACAAAAGACUCUCUCUCUUAACAAUCUCGUGACUUUUCUUUGUUUUCACUCAUUCCCAUCUUCGUUGCAUCAUUUUAGGACCCAGUUUACCAUUAACACCAACCUUUACUCUCCUUCACUCGCUCGCUUUACUCUUCUUUGAUCUUUCAGUUUCAAUCAGUCUUCUCGUUUCAUUUCUUUUGUGCAUAGAUAAUUUCGGAGAUUAUUUUCUGGAGCGCAGGAAUAAGGAUUAAGGACUGACCUUGCUUUCCGUCUAUGGUGUCCAAUUGAUGAACCUAGAUUUUAUCUUGAUUGUGAAGUAGCGAUGGAGGAGAGGAAAUUGAAUUUCAAUAUCCCACUGCUAUCAGUGCGGAGAUCUUCUACUCCAACAAGAUCUUCUGCUCCAACAAAAUCUUCAAGUGGAGAAAAGGGGAAGAAAAAUGAUAACUUCCAUCCCGAUAGACGCCGUACUCUCCCUUCUUGUAAACCAGCUUACAUUUUGGAUCAAGUAACAGAACCAGUUGCAGUUCCUUUUCAGUGGGAACAGAUUCCUGGUCGACCAAAAGAUGGUGCUGUACCUGAUCCUCAGGGUCAUGAGGAGGUUUCUGUUACUCCAAGAAUUCCUCCUCGCAGGGUAUUGGAUGUUGUAAAGCACAUUGACAAUAAGAAACCUGAAGAUCAAGAUGCCCUUACGCCUCAAAUUGAAGCAAAGUCAUUCACUAAUAUUGUAGGUAGAUUGGAUUGCUCAAAGGAAGGAGUAGAUGAGAAAGCAAUCAUCAUUUUAGAGAAUGAUGACGAUGAGGAUGUUUACUCUGAUGCACUUGACACAUUGUCUCCUACAGAUUCAUUCUCCGUAAACUGUAGUCUUAGUGGUGUGAGUGGCUUUGAUAAUCUCGCUGUGAAGCCAUCAGGAACUUUCUCUAUUGAUCAACAAACACAAGAUUUCAUGAUGAGUCGCUUCUUACCUGCUGCCAAGGCAAUGACUUUGGAGCCACCUCAGUAUGCUUCAAGAAAGCAACCCGUGUCUGGUGAACAACCUAGACAGACUACAAAAGCUGUUAAUAGGGAUAGGACACCUCCUGUUAUUCGAAAUCGAUCUUGUAAUAUCCCACCUUAUCACCAGGAUAAAGAAGACGAAGAAAGUGAAGAUGAAUGUGAUGAUUAUUCUGAUUCCGGCAAUAUAACAGCUAAAGGUUGUGGUUUCCUUCCUAGGUUAUGCAUAAAGAAUUCUUUAUGCCUCUUAAAUCCUGUUCCUGGAAUGAAAAUUAGGACGCAGACUUCCAUGUCUUCCACCAAGGAUAUUAAAAAAUUAACUAAAGCUGUUUUCUCUAGGUCACAGAGCCCAACUGUAAAGAAGCCUGCUAGGAAUGCUGUUUCUAAACAGAAACAAGACAGUGAAGUUCCAUCACCAAGGAUGGUAGGUGUUGAAAACAAGCUUACUGGCGGAUCCAAUCGGUUCACUUAUGCAACUGACCGGCAAAUGAUAAGCAGGACAUCACCUUUUAGGCGUUCAGGUUGCAUAUCUCCUCACCGCAAUGAAGCACCUCAGUCUCCUUUCCGCGGGAGGGGAUCUCAAGGCAUUCCUAAACAACUUGAAAAUCUAAAAUCCAACCAGUUUAAUUCUUUUAACAGAGGCUAUAGCAAAUCUCAGGAACUAGUAUCAUAUAAUGGCAUUAGACGGGGUUCUCGCCCAGCAAGCCCAACUGUUGAGAAGACGUUGUAUGUAGAUACUGUAAAUGCUGCAGGAAUAUUGUGUUCAAAUUCAGGUUCCUCAGACAUCAAGAAGGGUUUUGUGGACUCUGCAGAGAAGGAUCUUAAGUCUUUGUUUCAAGAAAUUGCUGUUGUAAAAUCUUCAUUUAGAGAUAUGAAAUGCUUGAAUGUUGCAGGUGGAGAGGGUAAACUGGAAACCAAAGGCUUGCGGUCAGGUGGUCCUGAGUUACCUCUUCUCUCAGAUGUGUCACCUGACAAAGGCCAAGCAGAGAUGACGGAAGACUUGUCCAAGGAAUCAAUGGCCUUGGUAUGUAUAAGUGCAGCCACUGAAGGCAAUGUAAAUAUUGAAAGUGAUCAAAUUUCUAAAAGAGAUGAUACAGGAAGUGAGAAAACUAGUUUAGUACUCGUACAGCCUCCUAUUCCUCCACUUCUACCAAAAACCCCUUCUGAAUCUUGGCUUUGGCGUACCCUGCCUUCAAUUUCCUCUCAAAAUCAAUCUUCGAAUUCAUAUCGCAACAAUAGUUUCCUUAGCAAAAGGCAGGAUACCAAGACAUUUUCUGCUACUACCAAAUGGGAAAACAUCGUAAAGUCAUCCUAUUUGCAUCACGAUCAUGUUCGCUACUCUGAGGAACUAUUUCCUCAUGCUUCUCAGCAAUCUAAAAGUUGAAGAAAUUUGAAGGUCUCCUACUUUACAUAUCGUUAUUGUUUUGUUUGGAUUUUGUUUCCCACAAUGGUAAGAAUUACAGCCCCAUUUUUUUUUUUUAUAAAUCUGGGAGGAUCAUUCAGCUAGAAUGGCAGUCAGAAUGUAUUAUUAUCGGUUCUUGUACAAUUUUGUAAGUUUGUGAGUUUGCAUUCCCUUUCUUGCUGCCAUUUAUGCAAGACUGAGGCAAUGGAGUUAUCGGGCCAUUAGAUUUCUUGGUAAUGGCUCUUUGAUUCUUUUAA